AUCCCGCGCUCGCGAGCUUUCGGCUUUGUCCCUGCAGCGGCGGCGGCGGAUUGAUUCAGUACUUGUGCGUACGCCGUUAUUGAUUCGCCCACACGCUGCCGUUCGACCGUGGUAGUGUUAGUGUCGACGGCGGUGUGGACCGUGUGGGGCGAGAGCGAGGGGGUUUUCUGGCCGCCGAAUCGACCACGGUCUCACUCCGGUCCCGUUCGUCGUUCCGGUUCGUACCGGAAGAAGUCAGCCGUCGACGCUGCAGUACCGGCACGAAUGUUGCGUCGUAAUCGUCCGGUCGGUUGCUGCGCGUGAGUUUGUCGCAGUCGACAGUUACGUCCCGAGCGGUUAAGUGAAAAACGGAACAUGUAAAAGAUUAAAAAUGUCUGUCAUAACCAUUUGUAAAACUGUGGGAGAAAUGAAUACGUUUAAAAAUCAAUCAACUUCUAAACUCAUAAAUUCUUCUACAUUGCCAAAGUUAUCAGAAAACACAUUAUUAACUAUGCCAUCUACAUCAUCCGUCCAACCAAACCAAUUAUUGCUGAUUAAUAAUUCUGAAGGCCAACCCGUGUCUGGCAUAUUGUUACCUUCCAAUCAUUUUAUGUUUAAAUUAAAUCAAAACCAGAUUCAACCUAAAUCAAAUCCAGAUGAUUACAUCGAGCGCGAAUCUACUUCAAAAUAUUUUUCAAUGAAUAAAGGUGAAAAGAAAAUGUUUCGAGAAACAUUUUUUAGUACACUUCUCGAUUUUAUGCAUCAAAUCGUUAAAGAUGGUCGCAUUGUUGGUUCUUCUGACCCUAUUUGGGAACAUGUUGCUUCGAAAUUAGAUAAUAUACUUAAGCCGAAAAGUAUUUACAAUCGCUUUAUUUUAAAUAAACAUUCCUGUAGAACAAGAUUAAUUGAAGCAUAUUUAAAAGAUCCUAAAAGCCAAACCACAGAUAUAUCUAUAUUAAAUCAUAUGAUGAAAACUGAUAUGCAUCAUGAAAUUGUUGAAAAAAGACCAGGUCAUGUAGAUAAUCAAACCUUUUAUGAUGCUUUAUUUGUAUUUAAAGAUAAGGUUUUAAGGAAUGGACAAGUAGCACCAAGUGUUGACUCUGUUUGGAACCAAAUUUCGGCGCAUUUAAAUCAUGCUUUAAAACCGAAUAGUAUUUAUUUAAGAUUGAAACGAAAUACUCACAACUGUCAUAAAAAAUUACUUGCUCAUUGUAAACUUGACCCUUCAAAGGCUAAGACCUAUGAUGUCCCAAGUCGAAAGUUGGCAUCACCUGUAGAAAAACCAUUUAAUAAAAUAAAGAAGAAAAGUUUAAAAUUUGAAGAUUCUUCCAAAUUUUUUAAAGCUUUGUAUUCUCAUAGGCAUAUGAUUAUACAGAAUGGUUCAAUAGCAAGAUACAAUAAUUCGGUUUGGAAUGAAGUAGCAAAAAUGUUGGAUUAUGCAUUACAACCAUCUGAUGUCCAUUCAAAAUUUAUUCGUAACCAUGACUUAUGCCAAACUAAACUUAUUGAAGCAUGUAAAGAAGAUGAAAAUUUUACUCCAUUAGUUGUACCCAAAUUUAACAAACCCAAUUGUGUGUCCGAUGAAGUUUUUUUUAAUAUAUUAUGUAGGUAUCGUGAUGAUAUUCUACAGAAUGGAAGUGAAAUAGCUAAAUUUUCUCAUCCUGUAUGGACUCAAAUAUCAAAAGAUCUUAAUGACACUUUAAAACCAGCUACUGUUUAUUUUAGGGUGACUCGAAAUUCUCAACUAUGCUUAAAUAGACUUCUGAAGCCUGAAUUAUUAACAGACCAUACUUAUAAAGAUAUUAUUAAUAAAGACAAGUUUUUUGAAACUAUAUGCUUGUAUAAAUAUUCGAUAAUGAAUGGUGACGUAGUUGUUGAUUUAAAUGAUCCAGUUUGGAAUGAGAUUUCUCUUCAAUUAAACUCUGUGUUAUCUCCUGAAGCUAUUUAUGAUAUAAUUUAUAAUGAUAAAGAUUUGUGCAAAACAAAAAUGAUUCAAGCCCUUAAAACUGAGCGAAGUGUGUUUUCUGGUGAAAAUCCGGAGAUAUCCGAAAAUAUAAAUGAAUACACUCCAAUAGUUGAAUGUAAUAUUUCUAAUGAACCCAUUUAUGAUUUUAAUGAAAUUAUAAAUGAAUUUAAAGAUUCUAUUUUACAGCCCAAUGGACAAAUGGCUUUAAAAGAUGACCCUAUAUGGAAACAAAUAUCUUGUCGUUUGAAAGAUUUGAGUUCAGAUGAAGUUUAUUCACGUGUCAUUAAUGAUUAUAAAAAUUGCCGAACACGAAUUUUCGGUGUUAAGCCAGUUCAUAAAAAUCGAUUGUUUGAAGCAAUAUUUGCAUAUCGUCAAUUAGUUAUAAGCAAUAAUUCAAUUGCAAAUAUUAACGAUGAAGUUUGGAUAAAAAUUAGCGAAAAACUUAAUUUUGCAUUAACACCCAAAGAAAUUUAUUCAAGAUUUAUCAAGGAUAUUGAUGGUUGCCGUACAAAGUUAUUGAAAUCAUCAAAAAAGGAUUGGAGUCGCUCUCAAGGUGUUGAUAAAGAUAAGUUUUUAGAUAUUAUUAUAAGUCAUAAAGAUUCUAUAUUAAAAAAUGGAUCACAUGCUAAGCCCAGUGAUCCAAUUUGGAGAGAAAUUGCUUCCAAAUUAAAUUUUUUGGUAAAACCAUUAACUCUUUAUAAUAAUUUUAUGUUAAAUAGACAUAAUUGCCAACAAAAACUGUUAGAAGCUUGUGAAUUAGAUAAAAAUGAGUUAGCCGUAUCUCAGAUUUCAUCAAAAAUAACUUCUCAGAUGGAUCAUGACUACAUAAAAGGUGACAUAGAUACUACUUUUGAAGAUUUAGUGUACAUGAGGCAAAAAGUUGGCUAUGUACAAGAAAAUGACUUUAUUGAAGCUUGUUUAGUAUUCAAAGACAGAUUAGUGAAAAAUAACUGUAUAGUGCCAUCAACUGAUAAAGUUUGGAAUGAUAUAUCAAAGUAUCUUAAUUAUGCAAUCAAAUCCAAAACAGCUUAUUUAAGAUUCAAACGUAAUACUCAUAAUUGUCAAGGGAAAUUAUUUGGAGUUUUUCAAUUAAACGAGCUUUCUUAUGAUCAAGACGAAGAAUCAUAUUCUAUCGACGAUCAAAGUAUUGAGAAUGAAAUGUUUUUUGAUGCAAUAUCAAUCUUUAAGCACUCCAUUAUUAAUAAUGGUUCUUUUGCCAUGGAAUCUAGUCCAGUUUGGUUAGAUGUUUCAAAUUUAAUGAACAAUUUACUCACACCUGAUGAAGCAUUUUGGAAGUUUCGUCAAAACAUUGAUUCCUGCCGAACAAAACUAAUAAAAAAGUGUUUAGCUGAUUGGAACAACGAGCCUUCUUCAGUUAUUCAAAAUCGAAUUCAGGUUAUGAAAUCUAAAGAAUCGUUGUGGAAAAAAAAUUUAAUAUCAGAACAUAUUUCUAGAGUGAAUGGAAAAAACUAUAAUCAACCAUUAAUUAUGAAUGAAGAUGUAUUUUAUGAUGCUAUUUAUAAACAUAAAAGUGAUAUAUUCCACAAUGACUUAGUUGCAAAUAGUGAAAGUCCUGUAUGGACAGCUAUUGCCAAAGAGUUAAAUAAUGAAUUAGAACCGUCAACCAUAUACCUAAGAUUUAAGAAUAACAUGACUAAAUGUAACCUAAAGUUUGCAGAAGCAGCUCAAAGGCACAGUCUUUAUAAAUUAAAUCAAAAACAAAGUCAAAUGGAAACACAAAUACUAAUUGAUGAAAAUUCAUAUGAUUCAUAUGAUCAAAAUAUGGUUAUAGAUUAUGAUGAUGACUGCAUUGUAGAAUCGGAUGUAAAAAAUUUCGAAAUAAAGGACUACAGUGAUGAAACAUCUACUAUACAAUAGAGUUGUGAACAUAGAAAGAUGUAAAUAAAUUUAAAUUAUUUUAAAAAUAAAAUAUAUUCAAAUAUAUACACAGAAAUUACCUUAAUAUUAUAAAAAAGAAUAAUUUAUCCACAAUAGAAUUGGAAUAGAAACUAAUAACAAUGAUCUCUAAAAAAAAAAUUAACCAUUAUUCUAAAAUAAAGUUUUUUUUUUUUUUUUUAUAUGCCUUAUGAUGACUGAUUAAUGUUACCUAUAAUAUUAUUUUAUUAAUUAUUUUGUUUUUAUUUUUAUAUUUUUUAAUUUUUCAUUAAACUACACGGUUGUGCUGUAAUAUUACUAU